CGGCGGGACAAGGCCAUGGAGAGCAGGAUCCAGCGGGUUCGCGAAGCUUUCGCGUCCGGACGGUCGCGCCCGCUGAGGUUCCGGCUGCAGCAGCUGGAGGCCCUGCGCAGGAUGGUGCAAGAGCGCGAGAAGGACAUCCUAGGGGCCAUCGCCGCUGACCUGUGCAAGAGUGAGCUCAAUGCAUACAGUCAGGAACUCAUUACCAUUCUGGGGGAACUCGAUCUCGUGCUGGAGAACCUUCCUGAAUGGGUCACCGCCAAACCAGCUAAGAAGAACCUGCUCACCAUGCUGGAUGAGGUCUACGUUCAGCCGGAGCCCCUGGGAGUCGUGCUGAUUAUUGGAGCCUGGAACUACCCUUUCGUUAUCACCAUGCAGCCCCUGAUAGGAGCCAUCGCUGCAGGAAAUGCUGUCAUUAUCAAGCCUUCUGAACUAUGUGAAAAAACAGCCAAGGUCUUGGCCGAACUCCUGCCACAGUAUUUAGACCAGGACCUGUACGUUGUCAUCAAUGGUGGAGUCCAGGAAACCACAGAGCUUCUGAAGCAGCGAUUUGACCACAUUCUCUACACGGGGAGCACUGCCGUGGGGAAGAUCAUCAUGGAGGCCGCCGCCAAGCAUCUAACCCCCGUGACUCUUGAACUAGGAGGGAAGAGUCCGUGUUACGUGGACAGAGACUGCGACCUGGACGUUGCCUGCAGGCGCAUAGCAUGGGGCAAGUACAUGAACUGUGGUCAGACCUGCAUCGCUCCUGACUACGUGCUCUGCGAGCCGUCCCUCCAGAAUGACAUUGUGCAGAAGAUUAAGGAAACCGUGAAGGAAUUUUAUGGAGAAAAUAUAAAAGAAUCCCCUGAUUACGAAAGGAUCAUCAAUCUUCGUCAUUUUAAGAGGAUACAGAGUUUGCUUGAAGGACAAAAGAUCGCCUUCGGUGGCGAGACCGACGAGGCCACACGCUACAUAGCGCCAACAGUCCUCACCGACGUCGAUCCCCAAACCAAGGUGAUGCAGGAAGAAAUUUUCGGACCGAUUCUUCCAAUAGUGCCCGUGAGGGAUGCUGAUGAAGCCAUCAAGUUCAUAAACAACCGUGAAAAGCCUCUGGCCUUCUAUGUCUUUUCUCGUAACGACAAGCUCAUCAGGCGGAUGAUUGACAGCACGUCCAGCGGCGGGGUCACGGCCAACGACGUUAUCAUGCACUUCACGCUCAGUUCUCUACCCUUCGGAGGAGUGGGUUCCAGUGGGAUGGGAGCUUACCAUGGCAAACACAGUUUUGACACCUUUUCGCAUCAGCGUCCCUGCUUACUGAAAAGUUUAAAGAGAGAAGGUGCUAACAAGCUCCGGUACCCCCCCAACAGCCAGUCAAAGGUGAAUUGGGCCAAAUUUUUCAUCCUGAAACGCUUCAACAGAGGAAAACUUGGGCUCCUGUUCCUCGCUGUCCUGGGUGUCAUGGUGGCUGUGCUUCUCAAGAAAUACCAAGGUGCGCUGAGGAGAAAGGCCUUGGUGAUUUUUCUGCCAGUUCAGACUGUGUCGUCCAUUAAGCAGUGACGAGCCCCAGAUCUCAGGACCCCAGCUCGGUCUGUUGAGAGCGAGGCUGGAUACUACUGAAGAAAGAGCCUGUUCAAGCUCCUAGGUGCCUGUACUGAACUAUCCCUCUCUUAAAUGUUAACAGACCAAUCGUUUUAAAAUCCUACCAGAAAUAGUAAGGAAAUAUGCAAAUGUACUCUAAUCAAACCUAACCGUCAUUGCCACUCCCCGUUAAUAAAACUUGCCGUUGCAGCCGACCCCCAGCCGUCCUCCACUGUGGGGGCAACGUCUUACGUUGUGUUCCCCAGCUCUUAGAGUCUCGGUCCAGGGGGUGGAGAAUGUGCUAGGCUGACUCCCUGGGAGAGGUAAAAGGAGUCUCUGAACCUGUUGAGUGACUUCUUCACUGCAGUUCAUGGGACCCAGGACACCCGCCCCCACCCCUGCUGCCUUUCGCCAUCACUCUUCGAAGCUCUUCCCAGGGGCUCCUCCCCGCACGGGGUUACCAACAGCCCUCUGCAGCCCGCAGGGGUGAGGGCGGAUCUUCCCAGCUCUGCUUGAGGUUUGAGGCACGAGAUCUGUGUGUUGGGGGAGGAGGGAGGUCCCUGUCCCUCAUCCACCGGGACUUGAGGACUUUGACCUUCAGAAGCCAGCCCUCCAGUCAGACUUGGUAUCUGACCAGGGGUCUUCCUCCUUUUCUGUCCAUUCUCCACCCUCCCUUGUGUUUGGUUUGUCUUUUGUGGCUGUUGCAAAUGCCUUCUGUAACUAACGCCACGCAAAACAUCCCGUGAACCCCCGGGCUUCCGGGGAAGACAGUUGCCAAUUUCCAUGUGAGUGUCACCUGUCAUUGUUACUGGGUAGAAGUUGUAGAAUUCUGCAUCUUAUAAAAUCUAAUGGCACUUUUUUUAAUGCUGUAAUAAAAUGACGUAUACAAACAUUCUCUCUCAGGAUCUUAAAAUUUCAAGUCAGUGGAUGUUCAAGGAAGAUCUUUACAUUCCUUAUUUCCAUAGCAUGAUGCAAAUAAAUUUUUACUUUUUUAAACGUCAAAGAGAUCCCUUUCCGAAUAAAUUCAGCCUUCAGGACGUAACAUGGAAAGCCAUUUCCUGUCACGGACAAGAGGCCUUGGAUAUUGAGGACCCUGAAGCUUGAGAGCCUCAAGGGAACAGCAGGUGGACCGUUUGGAGAAGGAGUCUGUAAGCCGAGGUGCCCCACCGGAAGAGAAGGGGACGGAGGACACAGGAGGGGAAUCCCCUGAGCAUGGCCGAGGGCUGGGACCUGAGGGGCUUUGGCCGAGGUGGGAAGGAGCCCUGGAGAAUGCAGCCUCCCCACCCGCACACAAUGAGGGAACUUGGUCAGCUCCGUUGAAUGGAUUUGUUCCAGGGCGGCCGUCUGAAGUUCACGGUCUUCAUCACAGGAUGCGGGGUCAAGACUUAAUCACUAGGCUAGUUUAAGGUGUCAGGAUAAUCAGUGACGAAAUACUUCAGCCAAAAUUUCAAUACGGACCUUCCAUUUAGCAUAUUAAAUUGUGUGCUGCGAUUUCUAGGUGAGCGACACUGCUGGCUUAUCUACUAGUAUUCGCUGCUUCAAAAUAAAUACAUUCUAUUUGA